GGUCAACUUGGUUUUCUUGUUCAGCUACUGUGUGUAUUCUUGCCUGCACCUUGUGAACUUCCCCUGACCUAAUUGAAUACAACCUAUUUGUUCGAGUCUGCGCCGCAAGUCCAUUCACGAACUUGAGCCGGUCGCGAUUCUGUUGACUGUCCGUCCUCCACCCAAAAUACCCACCUCAUCCAUUGACAACAACUCGAUCAACAACCAUCAUGCUACCUCUUCUCUGGACGGUGCUUCUCGUUCAUGUUGCUAUCUACCUUGUGAACACUAUUGGCGCAAGUACGAUUGAUAAUCUGUUAUGGCUUCUCUAUCUUCGGCUCCCCACCCCAACAUCCAGGAAGUUUCGCGAGCAAAAUCGCUUGAAGCGCGAAGUAGUCCGACUGAAACGGGACAUGAACAACACCAGCUCGCAAGAUGAGUUUGCGAAGUGGGCGAAGCUGCGAAGACGACACGACAAAACAAUGGAAGAAUAUGAAACUAUGAACAAGGAACUUGCAUCGCCAAAAUCAUCCUUUGAUUGGGGCGUCAAGGCGGUCCGCUGGGUCGGUACAAGUGGCCUUAAGUUCUUCCUGCAGUUUUGGUACUCAAAGACGCCCGUCUUCAUGCUGCCAGAUGGUUGGGUUCCUCACUACGUGGCCUGGGUUUUGUCGUUUCCCCGCGCUCCUUUCGGGUCCGUGAGCAUCCAGAUUUGGAGUAAUGUCUGUGCCACAGCAAUCACAACCCUGGCAGAAAUCGUUACGGCGUUGCUGUUGCAGACGGGUAAAGGAGCCUCGGAACCUGUCCCUGUUCCUACCGGUGCCGGUGCUGGUGCUGGUGCUGAGGGGACGACAAAAGGGCAAUGAAGACACGAACGCCUGUCACCUGGCAGCCUUCUUCUAAACACAAAAGAUUACUGCAUGUCGAAGGGACGAAUGUAAAAUAAAACGACUACAACGACGACGAUGGCUUGCAUUGUUUCUCUUGUAUGGAUAAAUUGAGCUUAAGCUUGUUGCCAUGAUCCAAGAUCAGGUUAAGAUACUUCGUAACUAUGCAACAAAAUCUAUAUUUCGG